UCCAAGCAUGCUGAAUAUCCUCCUCAUCCUCGUUCCCUGCAAAAUGCAAUAGGAGAGGGAGUAACUGCAUCCAUGAUCCACUGGAAUCCUGAAUCCUUGCAGCUGAUUGGCUGCUGCGGGCUGCCUCUUGUUGGGAUGGACCUGUUGGAUAAAAGGAGAAUUUUCUAAAGGACUAUGUGAUACAGAGGAUGUUGUGCGGGGGACAGUCCAGUUAGACGCUUUUUUUUCAGAAGAAAAACAAACAAACCAUAACGUCAUGACGGGGAAACAGGGCGCCGCGCUGUCGGAAAGUUUAGAGAAAACCUCUCUGGUCGUGAACGGCGGGAGCCUCCAGCCCAAAAGCAGCAACCCUCCACCCAGAUGCACCGGCUUUGGCAUCCAGGAGAUUCUGGGGCUGAACAAGGAGCCGGCCAGCGCGCCGAGGAGCCCUCUGAGCGCGCUGCCGGCCGGGGCGCACCUGAUCGCGGCGCGGUCGGUGCUGGGACCCGCCGGCGUGGGUGUCGGGAUGGGAUUAAUCGGCCCCGCCGGGAUUCCGUCGUUCUACAGCCAACCCGCCUUUCUGGAGACGGUGCUGGCGGACGGACACGACAUGCGCCUGCAGCCGCACAACAGGUCUGCGAGGCCGCUGGACGCCAGCCAGUCCGUCAGCUCAGAUUCCGAAGAUUUAUCUUCCAGUGAACGGAAACUUUCCAAAUCAUCAGUAAAUCAAAGCAAGAAACGCAAGAAAAGACGCCAUCGAACCAUUUUUACAUCAUACCAACUGGAGGAACUGGAAAAGGCCUUUAACGAAGCGCACUACCCGGAUGUUUACGCGCGAGAGAUGCUGGCUAUGAAAACAGAGCUGCCUGAAGACAGAAUACAGGUCUGGUUUCAGAACCGCAGAGCCAAGUGGAGGAAGAGGGAGAAGUGCUGGGGCCGCAGCACAGUCAUGGCGGAGUACGGCCUGUACGGAGCCAUGGUGAGGCAUUCCAUCCCUCUGCCAGAGUCCAUCCUCAAGUCUGCCAAGGAUGGCAUCAUGGAGUCCUGUGCUCCCUGGCUGCUCGUCCAAGAUGGCUUACCAAUCAACAGACGCUAUUCUAAAUCUGAAUACCCGCAACUCUUUGCAGGGAUGCAUAAAAAGUCCAUGGAAGCAGCAACUCUCCCGGCAACAGCAAAGUGCGAUGCCCCCCAGCAAGCAAGCACACAAAGGCCGGAGGACGUUGAGGCAGAGGAGAAGAGGUCGGACGGCAAGUCCAGCAUAUCUAAAGAGGAAAUGAGGGAGAACAGCAUCGCUGCACUCAGGGCCAAAGCACAGGAGCACAGUGCCAAAGUGCUGGGGACAGUUUCUCAUGACAAACUGCUGGAAGGCAAACAGGAGAAACAGGCGGUUGGGGAGAAGGUCAGUGACCCACCGAGCCCGUCAGAGGAGCAGAAAAGUCCCUAAAGAAACACAUUUUGUGAAUACUGUGGACCGACAGCUGUCGAAGCAAAAACAGACUCAAUGAUCUCCACUAAAGAUAUAUAGCCCGCAUCCAGACCGCUCUGAAGGAGAACUUUGAUGAUUCUUCUGCUGCACAGAAGUUGAAAUUCGCACUUUUUCUGGUUUGCUUCUGAAACCCACUCUUGUCUGCAGUAGAGGAGACUGAAUAAAAGUAGGAAAUGAUGUACAGAAAUGAGACAAUUAAAGGUUGAAUCAAUGGAUCAGCUUAAGCACAUACAGGAGGAGGAAUUAGAAAUUAAAGUGUGCAAAAAUAUGUUCCAUUUCACAUUUAUUCUAAACCUGCUUGUACAAUAAAUGUGACAUUUUAGAGGAGACCCAUCCCACUGACAGUAAGAAAGUCAAUGUUGUCUUACAUGCCGCUGUAUAAAAGUGAUUUACAACGAAGGCACAACUUUUAAAGAACAUUUUCUUCUUGUCUUAAAAUGUCUGUGUUUUAAUUUUAAAUAUGUAGAGGUCAAAUUUCAAAGCAUAAAACUGAAAUAACUCUUUA